AAAUGUUAUUGCUGGCGCUUAAACUCGGAAUCCCUCGUGAUCCUAGAUCUACUACGAAUGCAAAAUUGUACAACUGAAUGCAAGUGUUACACCGGAAGUUGCACGAAGUGAAAGAGACCGACACGGCGACAGAAGAAUGUCUGAAGGCGAGCUUGUUUUCCCUCUGAAGUGCUCCGUACAGAAUUAUGCUUGGGGCAAAGUUGGCAAGGAGAGUGAAGUAGCAUCUCUUCAGAAAGCUGCAGAUCCAUCAUGGCAGAUAGACGAAUCCACACCUUAUGCAGAGUUGUGGAUGGGGACGCAUGUGAACUGUCCAUCAAAGGUACGGACUCCCAAGGGAAGUAACUUGUCACUGAAAGACUGGAUUACCCAGCAUCCUGAGCAGCUAGGAGAUCCGGUCAGAAAAAAGUUCGGAGACGAUUUGCCAUUCUUGUUCAAGGUUCUGAGUGUGAACAAAUCCCUGUCUGUUCAGGCUCAUCCAAAUAAGGUUCAGGCAGAAAAACUUCACAAGAAUUUCCCUGAUGUUUAUAAAGAUGACAACCACAAACCAGAAUUAGCUGUCGCCCUCACACCAUUCAAAGCGCUGUGUGGGUUCCGACCAAUCAAGGAGGUGGCAGAAUAUCUGUCCAAAAUCGAGGAGUUUCGAGCAGUAGUGGGAGGGCCUAAUGCAUGUAAACUAAUCUCUGCCAGCAAAACACUGGAGAUGCCAUUACAGAGGGAGGCCAUGAAGGACUGCUUUGCUUCACUGAUGAAACAGGAUCCAGAAAUCAUACAGACACAGCUUAAACUCCUGAUUAAUCGCCUACAAGGAUUAGAUAGUGACGGAACAGACUCCUGUAACUUUGAGAGCGAGGUUCUGUUUAAGCUGUAUGACGAGUUUCCUGGAGAUGUGGGCUGUUUCACGGUGUACUUCCUCAAUGUCAUCACAUUAAAACCUGGAGAGAGUAUGUUCCUCGAAGCCAAUCUACCUCACGCCUACCUGUCAGGGGACACCAUGGAAUGCAUGGCUUGUUCAGACAAUGUGGUGAGAGCAGGCCUAACCCCCAAAUUCCGGGAUGUCCACACACUCUGUGAAAUGUUGGACUACACGGGAAAACCAGCAAACAAAACCAAGUUCACAGGGAAAUCUACGACAGAAGGCGGAAUCACCGUGACAACCUUCAGCCCGCCUAUCAGGGACUUUGCACUCAAACGAUUCCAAACGGAGCCCGGAUGCAAUUCCCUUCGUCUACCAGCUUUACCCAGCCCCAGUAUUUCGAUUGUGAUUCAGGGAAAUGGAACCGCCAGCAAUUCGACACUGGAGUCUACACUUCCUGUUAACCGUGGCGAGAUCUUCUUCACAUCUGUGAAUCAGGAAAUAACUAUUGAUGUGUCGUCUGAGUCCAUGCUUUUAUUCCAGGCAUAUGCAGCAGUGUGAAAAAGAUUGCACGGGAAAUAGUUUUUAAACUUCAUUAUGAACUGGAAAUGCUUUUUUGUAAUUUGGUAAACAACAGAGAUUGCAUACCUAUUAAUAAACUAUUUUAUGAUAUAAUAAUUUUGAGUUUUCUGAUUGGCAAGAUCCAACAAAUUAGAAGAUAUAGAAUUUAGUGUCAUGUGCCUUUGGGGUAGAUAUAACAUUAAUUUUUCCAGCAUUGGACCAAAAAUGAGGAAAAGUUGUGUCUUUAAUCACUUUUGACUAGGUCCUGCACUCGAACUGUCAACAAAGAUGGCCAACCAGGUAUCGUUUUGUAGGCUUUAGUAGCCAGUUUCGAGGUUUUGGAUUAUUCAAUCUUCUCGAUUAGUUGAAUCAUCCUAUCAUUCUCAAAAUGUCAAUUAUUGAAUAGAUUAUAUGGGUGAGCAAUCUUAAUUUAAACACAGCCCUCUGCUCUUUAUACAUGCAUUGGCUGUUUGUUGGGAUGUCGCCUUCUGCUCAUUAUACUAGCUGUUUGUUUGGGUGCCAUGUUUGUUUCUUUAUUAUAUUAUCUGUUUGUUGGGAUGAAAUGUUUGUUUUUCUGCUUAUUGUUACCAUACACCCUCAAAUUACAGUCCCAGUCAAUCUACAUUACCGUAGACUCUCAAAUUACAGCCAUAGUUGAUAUGUUACUGUACACCUUCAAAUUACGGUCCUUGUUUAUUAUUGUUGCUAAGAAUAUGUGCUAUAGAUAUACAUGUAGUCAAAUUUGAUUGUUGAUCUUGUGUACAUUUAUAUUUAUAUAUAGUUGAACAGAAAGAUAUUUAUAGUUCUUGCGUAAUCUCUGUGUUUAUUUGUGCAUUAAUUAUGUUACAUGUAUCUACUGGAAGGCAAGCUUUAUUUUUGGAAUUGUCUUAUUAUACCAUGUUAUAUAAUCUGUGUUCUGUACCUGGAGUGUGAAAUUACAAGGCAUUAAGGCAUUCCCUCACUUUGGCAUGAAUCCUUAUAUAACAUACUAUAUAUGUAAAUCUGUUUUGUUUAUCUUGUGUCUAGGAUAUAUUUAAUGAAAUUGCAAUAAAAUACAUACACAAAUGAA